AUGAACAAAAAUAAAAUUGGUCAGUCAUUUUCCCUUUCUAAAUCGAAACUAGGGUUUGCUGAAAAGGGGGUAUCAGGCGCGAUUCUCAUUCAACAUUUCAAAAUUUCAAUCGAGUCCAAGAUACACACAUAUUUCCUCCAUCGUCACCGUCGCACCAUCUCUUUCUCUUUCCACUCCGGCGGACAGCUGCAGGCGGGCGGCGACCUUUUGCUCCUCCUUUUACACUUUGGCUUCCAUGUUUUAGGGAUGUUGUUAACUAAAUUUGAGCGGUGGACAUUACUUAUAAGGAAGAAGUAUCAAAUGCAACUAAAUAGCCCUAGAGGUGCACUGUGUUAUAAUUCCGGUGUUGAAGUUCAAUUAAGUUGUAUUUUGAGCAAAUUUUCUGCAUUUGUGAUGCCUAAACGGAAGGCGAAAAAGGCAAAACAGCCUGAUUUAUCUCAUGUGAAUAAUACUGUGUGCGACAUUGAUGCAAAUCGGCUUCUGCAAGAAAAUGCUUCUAUUGACCAAGAAGUUGAACCUCAACGUGCUGCAAUCAGGACGAUUAGGGAUGUGGAGAUUGAGAGGUUACUUACUGCUUUGCGGUUGAUGAAAUCCAAUAUAAGAGAGGAACAACUUCAGACUCCAUUACUUCAAUAUUUUGAGGGAAAUCUCCCAAACUUAACUGUGUCAAGAACUGAGAAAGAUGGACCAAUUGAAGUUAAAUGGAAAGAUAAAGGUGAUGAUUUGUCCAUGAACACAGGUGAUGGAGGAAACAUGAUCACUUCAUUUUUACAACAUAUGUCCAUGGCUUAUCCUGAUUGCUCUACUGCAAUGCCAUCUGUUGGUGGCUCUGAGUUUUUAAGUAAAAAUGGGAAAAUGAGCUUCAUUGGCACUGAUAAUCUUCAAAUCAAGGAUUUUGUUCUAGAGGAGCCAUCAGAAACUCAUAUUCUUGGCUUUGAAGAAUCUAUGCAAACUCCUGGGGUGACAAGUCAAAGGUUGUCUGUUGGUAUGACACCUAAAACUUUAAGGCUUCCAAAACAGGGUGAGAUGCUUCUGUCUGUUCAUGGUUCACCCCUUGGUGUUUUCAAGGAAAACAACAUGGAUGCAAUACAUGAGACAGAGGAAGAAUGAGUUGUUUCCUUCAAACUACUCAUUUUUGCAAAAGGGAACUUUUCAAAUCCACUCAGUUUUACUACAAACGGUUAUCGCAAGUCGCAAGGGCAGCAGCCGCAACUGUCGAUCAAAGAGUAAUGUCGCAAGGAUGAGAAAAACCUCAAUCGAUCAAAGAGUAAUAUCGUCGACUCGUCGAUUUGGUGUAAUACACUACUGUCGAUUUGGUGUAAUACGGAUGAUUGAAUUCGAUUUCGUUGAUUUUUUUUGGUGUAUUACGUGGGUUUUGUUGGGUAACGAUCGAUAGAAAAGAAGACCGAAUAAGCAAUUGUGUUAGGAAAAAAAUGUGACUUUUCAUAUUCGGUUCGGUCCUUUUGGACCGAAUAAGCCCUUAUUCGGGUAACCCGGACCGAAUAACCCGAAAACCGAAUAAGCCUUAUAUAGAUACCCGAAAACCGAAUCGAAUUGCUUAUUCGGGUCUAAUUCGAUUCGGUUCGGUUUUCGGUUCGGUUCGGGUUUCUGGCCAAAUUCUCAUCCCUAGUUCCUAAGACACAAUUGAGAGAAUGGUGUAAAAUUGAAUAUGAUCAAAUGAGAGCAUUGGGCUUGUCGGUGAAAAGUAUUAAACCAAUAAAUGGG